AUGUGCCAAUCUGCCCCCUUCCGCAUUGUCGCCUCUGACAUGGAUGGGACGGUGCUGAACUCAGACCAUGAAAUCACGGAGUACACAAUGGAGACGCUUUUCCAGCUCUUCCUGCACUACGAUGUUCAGUUUAUCUUCGCGACAGGGCGUCACUACCUCAGUGUGCAUAAGGCACGCGAGGAGCUCUCCACGUACUUUGCAAAGCGCUCCAGCGAGUACAGAAGAUCCGUCAAGUCGCACCCCUGCGGCGAGGGGGACAAUCGAGGCACUGGUAAGUACGUGGCGGCUGACAGCACUCAACCUAGUCUCUUUCUCGUCACGUCGAAUGGUGCGCGCAUUCAUGAUACGAAGGGAAAGCUGAUCGUGUCGCACGAUCUCGACCCAGACAUAGUAAACGCGCUCUACCAGCACUACGGGCUGCCAUACACAUCCCGUCACGGGCCCAAGGCCGUCAAGCCCAGUGUAGGAUAUUCGCCGCAUGUGAGCGGCUCUAUGGAAGCGGCAGCAAAUGGGCUGAUGAAAGGCGGUGACAAGAAUCCAGAAGACAUCGUCUCCACCUCAGCCUACACGACGGACGAGUGGUUCCUCACGGCCCUGUUCAUGCCGCUGCCGGAUAUCGAGAAGAAGUUUGGAGUGCGCCCUUUCCUGGUUCCUUUCGACUCUGAAGAUCCGGAGAGCGCCAGCGCCAGCGUCUUCAACAGCUUUCCUCUCGAGGGGGUUGGCAAGGUCUGCUUCCGCUGCUCGGACCCCAGCAUCCUCGACGAAAUGGAGCGAAGCAUUCGUCAACAAUUUGGUGACCGUGUCUCGGUUGCGCUCUCCUCGACGCGGUGCCUUGACGUGAUGCCUGGCAACAUUUCCAAAGCAAGUGCGCUACAGGAGAUAGUGAAGCUGCUCUCCUCGGAAAGCGCGCAAGGGCAUCACAAUACGCGGCCGCCGAUGCUGAAAGACAUCAUUGCAUUUGGGGACAGCAUGAAUGACGAGGCUAUGCUGAAGACAGUCGGCAAGGGUUGCAUCAUGAAGAACGCGCACGAGCGACUCAAGAAGGCGCUGUCGAAUUGUGAAGUCAUCGGCAGCAACGAGGAAAACGGUGUGGCGGUGAAGCUCCGUGAGAUCCUUCAGAUUUCACUGGACCCGUAG